CUGGAACUGCUGGGAAAACUGGAACUGCUGGGAAAACUUGAACUGCUGGGAACACUGGAACUUCCGGGACCACUGGGACCGCUUUGACCAGUUCAGAGUGGUUCUCACUGGGAUGGCUGGAACUGCUGGGACCACUUGGACCGUUUUGACCAGUUCGCAGAGUGCUCACGCUGGUCCUGCUGGAACUUCCGGGAACACUGGAACUUCCGGGAACACUGGAACUGCUGGGAACACUGGAACUUCCGGGAACACUGGAACUGCUGGCACCAGUGGAACUUCUGGGAUCACUGGAACUGCUGGCACCAGUGGAACUGCUGGGAUCACUGGGACCGCUUUAACCAGUAGGGUGUGGAAAACGGAGGCUGGUGGGAAGGCACCACUUUCGGUCCAAACGGAGUGUUCAACCUCAACGAGAGAAGGAAGUUCUUCAGAAGAGUUUGUGGAAAUUCCAAGCCCUAGCAGAAUGCCCUUGCCUGGUGCAAGCUUGAUCCUUGGUUCUGCUGCAGUGUUGCAGGCUUCGGCGGCAGAGGAUAAGGAGAGAGGAGGAGGAGGGAAUGUAGCAACAGAGGAGAAGGAGAGAACAGUCUUCUCUUCGCCUGCCUGCGGAAUGCCGCCGCGCAAGCUGCGGCAAGGUGGAAAUGGGAAAGUCGGCUCGCCCCCAUCUUCGGAGCCAAGAGGGGGAGGAAAUGGAAAAGCAGGGUCGCCGCCCUCUCUAGACUUGAGAGGUGCAGGGGGUGGAGGAGGUGGUUCCAAGCAAUAUUCCAAAAGGAGUAAUACGAAGCUUCUGGGGAAGACAGAUUCCGGAAAGUACGAGGAAGGAAGUGUAGUUGUAGUGGCAGGUGAUUUAGGGGGGAAUGGCAAUAAUGGAAAUCGUGGCCGUCAGGGGGGCAAACGGAGGGGGGGUGGGAAUGGGGGACUGAAGGCAGGAACUUGUCCAUCGCUGGACCCGGGAUCCGGUCAAAACCCUGCUAGCCUGCCUGGCAGUCCUGGCAUGGGUCCCGUGCAAUCCACCGGAUCUCCGCAGAGACUGGGACCGUUUCAGACGAGCCUCUCAAGAAGCUACUCCUCUCCAUUAGCCAAGGGUAGGCAGGUUGCUUUCGAUACUGAUUCGCCGACGAAAGGUGGGUGGCGAUCUAACAGCUUUUCGAUGAAGUGUACGGAGUCUGCCACAGAAAGCGUCCCCUACAAGGGAAGACAGCAAAAGGGAGGAAAGAAGAAGUUUCCUGAACAUUGGGAGCCAUCCCGAAUUGCUGAAGGGCUAAAGAACGGGGAGCUAUUGAAGUCUGUUUUCCGUGUGAAUGGUCACAAUCGGACUGAGGCCUAUUGCACCGUCGAGGGUAUAUCUGUUGACGCCUUAAUUUAUGGGAUUGUAGCUCAGAAUCGUGCGAUGGACGGUGAUGUAGUGGCCGUAAAAUUGAAUAGUGUGUCGAACUGGGUGAGAUUGAAAGGUGGCUGCAAAGAGGCCAAAGAAGAUGCGUCAGAGUCCAACAACAAUUCAUGGUUGGCGGAUGACAGCUCUAAUGGGAAUGGGGAGGAUGUGGAUGCUGAAGCUCAGGUGGACAUCGGGUUCGUAGGAGAUGAUUUUGAGGACGCUGAUGAGGUAGACCCUGAUGCAGCCGUUGAGAGAGAUGGCAUUGUUGUGAACUUGUGUGACGGUCAAGAGAAUGGGCGUGUGACGGCCCUGGAUGAGGCAGCCGUGAAACAGCUGCUCCUCUCGUCGAGCAUGCGAGCACGGAAUAGGGGUGGAAAUCCUCCUCAGGUGAGCAAGGCGAUAGAGGCUAAGAUGCAGGAGCUUUGUUUGGGGGGUGUGAGGCAAAGGCAGGCUGAAGAAGCGACAGUAGGAAGUCCUGAUUUGUUUGGUGGGCUCUGCUCAAGUUUUGGAAAUGAGCGAUCGCAGGGUGCAGGGGAUCUGGAGGUGGAUUGCCAGGAGCCUGUGGACAUUGCGGCACUUUUGAGGGCGAAUCCGAUGAAACGUCCAACUGCGACGGUUGUUGGGAUUCUAGAGAAAUCGCCACGAAGGGAAACAAUCGUGGGCUAUCUGGAGCUGCCUAAGGAGAAGAAGAAGGAGGGAGAAGAGGAGGCGCAUACGAACAAUGCGUUGCUGCUUGUUCCGGCAGAUUCAAAGUUUCCGAAGAUGAUAGUCUACGUUAGCGGGGUGCCUGACAACAUCAAACAGCGCCUUCGUGAUGAGGACGAAACACUCGCGCAAACGCUUGUUGCGGCGCGAGUCAACGUCUGGCGGGCAACCAGUUACUGGCCGACAGCGAUUGUUGCGCGGAGCCUAGGCCAAGCUGGGGAGAUAGAGGCAGAAACUGCUGCCAUCAUGUUUGAGUUCUCAAUCCACCCUGUCGAAUUCCCAUCGUCAGCGCUGGAGAGCCUUCCAAAAACGCCAUGGAGGAUUCCUGAGAACGAACUGAAGAGGAGAGUAGAUCUGCGGCAUCGUCGGAUCUUCUCUAUUGAUCCUCCAACGGCUCGUGAUUUGGAUGACGCGUUGUCAAUUGAAGAGCUGCCGGAUGGAAAUUUCCACAUUGGUGUACACAUUGCUGAUGUGUCGUACUUUGUCAAGCCCGGUACUACGCUUGAUGCUGAAGCGCAGAGGCGGUCGACAAGUGUGUACCUUAUCCAGCGCGUGCUUCCCAUGUUGCCCCCACUCCUGUGCGAGGAGCUGUGUAGUCUUAAUCCCGGGAAGGAUAGGUUCGCCUUCUCGAUUACAUGGGUGAUGACACCGUCUGGCGAGGUUCUCAGCCAGUCUGUUGGGAGGACAAUCAUCAAUUCGUGCUGCAAGCUCUCGUACCCUCAUGCACAGGCGAUGAUAGAAGGACAGUUUGAACCCCGUGCGAAUGUGGAUGUUCCUCAAUUGCAUGGGGGUCAUUCAUGGGAAGAGGUGGUGGGUGAUGUCUUGAAGUUAAAUGGAGUGGCAAGGCGUUUGAGAGAGAAGCGGUUUUCACAGGGGGCGCUUAGUCUAGAUGGAAUGAAGCUCAAGUUUUUCCUGGAUGACGAUGGGAACCCAACGGAGUUUGGGUCCUACGAACAAGUGGAGGCGAAUUUUCUCGUUGAAGAGUUCAUGCUGCUUGCGAACAUGACUGCUGCGGCGACAAUCGCCCGUGCAUAUCCGAAAUGUGCACUUCUCAGACGGCAUCCACCUCCCAAUCUCAGGAAGCUGAACGACUUAGAAGAAUUGUGUAAAGCGCAAGGCUACGAGUUCGAUUCAUCUGAUGCAGGGGCGAUUCACACAUCACUACAGAGAAUACGGCAGAACAUCGAUGACCCUGUGAUCUUCGAAUAUCUGCAGUUUUUGGCAACGAAACCCAUGCAACUGGCGAAGUACUUCUGCACCGAGGAGCUGGAUAACAGGGAGAUGUGGGGACACUAUGCCCUUGCUGUGCCCAUGUACACGCACUUCACCAGUCCUAUACGACGCUAUCCGGACAUUAUCGUCCACCGCACCCUUGCGGCGGUAUUGGAAGUAGAGGAAUUGCUGCAAGCAAGUAGGGGAGGAGGAGAUGCGGGCACAAAGAGGAGUCGAAACAUAGUCUCGCAGCUGGGCAACCAAUUGACGUCCACCGGAUGCUUCACUGGAUUGAACAGAGAAGAUGUGCUUGCAGCCAGCAGCGAGGCAAGAAACCUUACAGCUCAAGUAGCACAGACUCACAAGGUGCCCAGCCCGAGUAGGCUGAGGGAGGUUGCUUCCUGGUGCAAUGAGCGAAAUCAAGCAAGUAAAUGGGCUCAGGAAGCCAGCGACAGGAUCUACUUAUGCCUCACGCUGAAGAGGAAGGGAGUGCUCUCUGAUGCAAGGGUUGUCUCACUGGGACCGCGAUUCAUGAACGUCUUCGUCGCCAAACUAGGGCAAGAAAAACGGAUCUGGUACGAGGAUAUCGAAGGUGUCAAAGCUGAGUGGUUUGCGACCACGGAAACACUGAUCCUUGAUCUCUGUCCUGAAGAGGUAAAGCCAUCUCGGCGAGGAGCAAAGUCGGGGAGAGGUGGCCAUCGUAAAGCGUUCUCAGACAUUGCGACCAUCAUCAACCCUGCGGAGAUUAGAUGCAGCAGCCCAGAUGCGGAUUAUCUUACACGUGAUGAUAAGGAACUUGGCACUGAUGAAGUGGAAGGUGCCGUGCUUCCGUUAACGCUCACUAGGUUUAAGUCUGUGCCAGUAGCUCUCCAUGCAGUGCAGGAAAAGAACAGGCCAAUGGAUGUUGGAGUGAGGCUUUACAUCAGCUCGUACAUGGCGGGGGCGACACUCUCAGACGGUGAGGUCUGUCUGACAUGCGACUAGCGCUUCUCCCUGUUAUAAAUUCUAUUUGGCACUUGCUGGAUUCCAAAGGACUAUGUGUAGGUCACCUUGUGCCACACCCCCCGCCCCUCCCCGGAUCCUGUUGUCCUUGUAUAUAUGUACCACCUGGAUGAAUGGUAGCCGCAAUGCGCAGUUGGCAAGGUCUAAUGGCAGCUGCAGAAAGCCUGGGCAAGUGACCCUUUGCGUGAGUGGGGAGGGGAAGGAUUGCUGGCCUAGGCAAAACGUGCUUGUUGUUGAAUACGGUGUUGUCUUCUAUGCUAAACCUUUUAGGCUGUGCAGAUGGAAAGGCGUUUUGGGGCCUACUCUGGGAGCAGCACGGUGUACUCAGCGGAGCAAAAACAGGGGGUGUUUGCUGUACACGUUUCCUGCUUUUGCGCUCCUUCUCCUCAUCAGGUUCUAUCUAUGUUCAUUCUCUGCCCAGGAGGAGGUUCAUGUUUUUGCCUGAUGGUGUGGGAGUGCAAGAGCAUAGUGGCGAUAUAGCAGGUUUAUGUGUUAAAUUCUUUUUACGGAGAAGGUUGCAUUAGUUUGUGGAGUUACUGCUAGAAAGCACUAGAAAGAGGUAUCGGAUGGUUGGAAGACGUGGGAUGUUCUCGUCUGUCGUGCGGAUCCCAUGACGUGAUCUUUGUCGGAUAUAGUUACUGCUAGAAAGCACUUGAAAGAGGUAUCGGACGGUUGGAAGACGUGGGAUGUUCUCGUCUGUCGUGCGGAUCCCAUGACUUGAUCUUUGUCAGAUAUAGUCCCUCUGGGUCAUGCAGGAUUGCAGCGACAGGAGUUCAGGUUCCUGUGCGCAUCUGUUCAAGUGUUUGUGCAGCCAGUUGCCCUCAUUUCAGGGCAACUAUUUUGUAACUUCCCUGACGCUUCAGGAUGACCCAUGGCUCCAUGAUGCUCAGAAACGGUAUGCAAGGGAGCCGCACACACAGCACAUGAAGUCUGUUGACUGUGGGGUUUGUGCACAGGGGGGUUGUGCACAGAGACAGGAGAUGUAGUUGAAUAGCUGCUAUAUCGGAGUGCGGAUGGCAGGGCGCGUGGGCGUAAUGAAAUAGGCUUUUUUCU